CCCGAGCAGCCGCCUGUGGGCUCGGGCAGCCUGACGUCACACCGCACCCCGAGGUAUUUACCUUCGAAAAGUGGUGGCGGCUGCAGUCUGACCCAGGCCCUGUGUCCCUGAAGACAUGGAGUUUGUGUCUGGAUACCGGGAUGAAUUCCUUGAUUUUGCUGCCCUCCUCUUUGGCUGGUUCCGCAAGUUCGUGGCAGAGCGCGGGGCUGUAGGGACCAGCCCUGAGGGUCGCUGGCGGCAGCUGGAGGCUCAGAUCAGAAGGUUGCCCCAGGACCCGGCCCUCUGGGUGCUCCACGUCCUGCCCAACCGCAGUGUGGGCAUCAGCCUGGGGCAAGGGGCAGAGCCAGGCCCUGGACCAGGCCUGGGAGCUGCCCGGCUGCUGGGAGAUGAGCCCCCACUCCACCUGCGAGACCUAAGUCCCUAUGUCAGCUUUGUCAGUCUGGAGGAAGGGGAGGAAGGAGAGGAGGAGGAGGAGGAAGAGGAAGAAGAAGAGAAUGGAGAGGAGGAGGGUGCAGGCACCAAAAAGGUAGAAACAGAGGAGAAUGGGGAGCUGGCCCCUAGCAGCAGGGAGUCUCCCCAGGAAGCCACCCCUCCAGGGGAGCCAGAGGAGGCCGAGCAGGAGGCUGGAGGUGGCGAGGAUGGCCAAGAGGACAGGGCAGAAGACGAACCGGGGCCUGAGAGGAGGAAGGGACGGAGAAGUGAUGCUGCCCCCUUGCACCUUUCCUGCCUCCUACUGGUGACGGAUGAACAUGGCACCAUCCUGGGCAUUGACCUGCUGAUGGAAGGAGCCCAGGGGAGCACAGGCAGGGGCUCAGGGGCUGAGAACCUGGCUCCUCGAGCCUAUGCUCUCCUCUGCCACAGCAUGGUCUGCCCCAUGGGCUCCGGAGACCCCCGAAAGCCCCGACAGCUUACUGUGGGAGAUGCCCAGCUGCAUCGGGAGCUGGAGAAUCUAGUCCCAAGGCUGGGAGUGAAGUUAGCCAAGACCCCGAUGCGGACGUGGGGUCCCCGGCCAGGCUUCACCUUUGCCUCCCUCCGGGCUCGAACCUGCCAUGUUUGUCAUAGGCACAGCUUUGAAGUGAAACUGACACCCUGCCCCCAGUGCGGUGCUGUCUUGUACUGUGGAGAGGCUUGUCUCCGUGUGGACUGGAAGCGAUGCCCAGAUGACGUAAGCCACCGAUUUUGGUGCCCAAGGCUUGCAGCCUUCAUGGAGAGGGCUGGAGAACUGGCAACCCUGCCUUUUACCUACACCGCAGAGGUGACCAGUGAAACCUUUAACAAGGAGGCCUUCCUGGCCUCCCGCGGCCUCACUCGUGGCUACUGGACCCAGCUCAGCAUGCUGAUUCCAGGCCCUGGUGCCCCCAGGCACCCAAGAGGCAGCACACCCUCCCUCAGCCUUCUUCUCCAUGGAGAUCCUUACCAGCCUUUCCAGGGGGAUGGGCCCGCCCUGAUGCCUCCAGUGCCCCCAGAUUCACCCAGGGGCCUCUUUGGCUCAUGGCAGGAUUACUACACGUGGCGGGGCCUCAGCUUGGACUCCCCCAUGGCCGUGCUCCUCACCUACCCGCUGACUGUGUACUACGUCAUCACCCACCUGGUGCCCCAGUCCUUCCCUGAGCUCAACAUCCAGAACAAACAGUCACUGAAAAUCCACGUGGUGGAGGCUGGGAAGGAGUUUGACCUUGUCAUGGUGUUUUGGGAACUCUUGGUCUUACUCCCCCAUGUGGCCCUGGAGCUGCAGUUUGUGGGUGAUGGCCUGCCCCUGGAAAGUGACCAGCAGCACUUUACCCUCCAGAGGGAUGGCCCUGAAGUAUCUGUCCGCCCUUGUUCCGGCGUAUCAGCACGGCUCAGCUCUGGGACUAAAGAGAAAGGGGUCCGCAGAGACCUGCAGAUCAAGGUGUCUGCAAGGCCCUACCACCUGCUCCAGGGGCCCAAGCCUGACUUGGUCAUCGGAUUUAACUCUGGCUUUGGACUAAAGGACACUUGGCUGAGCUCGCUGCCCCGGUUACAGUCCCUCCGAGUGCCGGCCUUCUUCACCGAGAGCAGCGAGUAUGGCUGUGUGAUGGACGAUCAGACCAUGGCGGUGGCCACAGGAGGGGGGACCAGCCCUCCGCAGCCCAACCCUUUCCGCUCCCCCUUUCGCCUCAGAGCGGCAGACAAUUGCAUGCCCUGGUACUGCAACGCUUUCAUCUUCCACUUGGUCUACAAGCCCUCGCAGGGAAGCGGGGCCCGCCCGGCGCCCGGGCCUGUGCCUCCGGCCCCAACUCCUACCGCCCCUCCCGCCCCCGCCCGUCGGCGCCGAGGAGAAAAGAAACCUGGGCGGGGGUCCCGCCGGCGCAGGUGAGGGCCGAGAGAUAGCAGUCCACCCUCUUCGCCCGACACGCCUCAGAAAGGAACACGAAACAGGGGAGGCCGAGGGCGAGGCCGGUUGGCGGAACACGAA